UUUCCAAAUUCGUGAACGAACAACCACAGUCGCGUAGUUUGCUACGGAGCAUUUAUACCGGUGGACUGUAACUAGGCGCUUUAGUCUCUUGUUGGGACGCGACGCGUGAGUAUGGGGCAUAAGUGCACCCCUAAAGGUAUGAACGGUACCGUGCAUUGAAAACAAUCGUCGUGACGCGACAAAAAAAUUGCAUAAAUACUGCGCGAAGCGGACGUUUCAUCCUCUAUCCCAUAUUUAUCGAGCUUUUGUUUCGGUGACAUCGUACCGUAUCGAAGUGAGAACUGUCAGUCCGCAAAUGUCCGGUGAAUCGAUCGUGUAACACGCGAUAACCCGAGACGAUACGUAUUGUCGUCUGAUGAAAACUGACAGUCUUGUGCGCCACUGAUCGAAACGAUUUUAAGAUUAAAUCGUUCGUCGAUGCGACACUCGUCGUUGCGUGUGCCUGUCAGGGAUACGUGAAGAAGGUUUUUUUUUUUCUUUAAAGGCACGUGAGAGAGGUAUCGUGGAGGCAGCAUGUCGGUGCUUCUGGAAGCGAGGUCUUACAGGCCUUUCAAGUCCUCGGAGGAGUAUCUGAUCGCGAUGAAAGAGGAUCUGGCCGAGUGGUUGAACGCGCUGUAUCCGGAGUUGAGAAUCAACGUUGACAAUUUUAUGGACAGGCUGGACACCGGCGUCGCUCUCUGCAAACACGCGAACAACGUACGAAAAUCGGCGGCUGAAUACGUGGCGCGGCGUCAGGCGCGCAAGAUCUCGAUGACACGAUCGAUGACCUCGUCGCUUGCUGUGCCGAUGAGCCAGCUGAGCGACGUGGCCUUCUUGCCGAACGCGAAGGCCGGCACCUUCUUCGCCCGCGACAACGUGUCCAACUUCAUCGGUUGGUGCCGCAACAGCUUGGGUAUCAUCGAGUGCCUGUUAUUCGAGACCGACGACCUGAUUAUGCGCAAGAACGAGCGACACGUGAUCCUCUGUUUGCUUGAGGUGGCGAGGCGGGGCGCGAAAUUCGGUAUGCUGGCGCCGAUGCUGGUCCAGAUGGAGAGGCAGAUAGAUAGGGAGAUAGCGGCGGAGAACAAGGCGGCGAACGGGGCCCACGGAAAUUCCGGGAACGAGGAGAGCGACGACGAGUACGCCGAUAUGCAGCAGGAGGAGCCGUGCCUCAUAUACGGACCCCAGCCACAGAUCGUCACCAACGAUUUGAAGAGCUUGGACGAGAUGGUUCGUGAUUUGGUAGAAAGGUGCACAUGCCCCACUCAGUUCCCUAUGAUUCGCGUUUCCGAAGGGAAAUAUCGAAUCGGAGACACGAAAGUGUUGAUUUUCGUGCGAAUCCUUCGAAGCCACGUUAUGGUUCGAGUAGGUGGAGGUUGGGACACCCUUAGCCAUUAUUUGGACAAACACGAUCCAUGUCGAUGCAGAACUUCACAUCGCUCGAUGAUCUCAGCAAAAUUGAUUCAAAAGGCUGGAGGGUCGUUCGACCUUGGAAGCGCGCAGGUACAUUACGAAAGAUCACCCCCUAGAACUCGACGGAGUUCGGCGUCGAGCGUCGGUUCGUGCGCUGGCACGAUGCAGAAUCAGCAAUCGGCGCACGGGGCCAAAGGCGGCGCACCCAGCAAUCGGUCCCGAUCGCCCACGCCCCACCAUCUCGGCUGUGGUAAGCAGCAGCAACAGGCGACGGGGGGCGACGAGCAACGAAAGGUGAAUCGAUCGAGGAGCCCAACGCCGCAGAGGAAGUUCUUGGGCAGCCCUGUCCAUCAGCCGGACUUUGGCAAGCAACGAUCGAGAUCCCCAACACCGAAGGCUCAACUCAGAUCCACCAGUCCAACGACGAAAGUGGACAGCGCGAUAAAGGGUGGUGGAUCCGCGGUGGAUUCGGCUGGUAGAAGCCUGUACGAGGAGGCUCGUUCACCGACCCAUCACGGAAGGCAGCAUCAGGAAGCGAAGGAUGCGAAGAAGGAUCUCCACCAAGAAAUCCGCACGAAAGUCCCCCUAACGGAGGAAUUCACGAGACGAUACGUGGUGGAGGGCGGGGUGGCGCGCAGGGCGGUGGAGAAGGACGACACGCCGAAAUACGAGCCGACGAUUUACAACUACAAGUGUCGCGAGGACUCGAGCAGCCGAAGUCCUACCCCUAGCCCACCGGCGAUCAAGGAGGAGCCGGUGUUGGAGAAUUUCGGCAAAGACGUAACGGUACAUUACACCAAGUCGCCACACGACGGAGAGCACUCGGAUAAUUGCAGCGAGGUGUCCGACGAAGGUUACAGAAGCCUAGGAGCAGUCCAGCCGACCGGUGGAAACGGAAAUUCCGGCACGCAAGGAUCACCCACGGUUGCCGAUUGUCAAAAGCAACCGUCGAAGCCAGAUGCAGAGGAGAGGUCGUGCGUGGAAACGGAGAGCAUCGAAACGGGUCUGCGCAAGAUCCGCAUAGGUCCGCCGAGUCCCCUUCGAGCGUCCCCGUCGAGAAGCGUGGCCUCCUCCUCCGGAGACCGUACCCCCCGCGCCAACUCGAUCGUCCGUGAAAACAGCAACGUUUCCAGAGCCUCGUCCGGGAGCAGAACGCCCAGGGACAGCAACUCGAGCCCGGAGGGAAGUCCGUUGAAACGCGGCGCCGUGAGGAACAGUUUACGAAAACCGCCGACGGGAAGUCUGAGCAAGGCAUCGGCGGUGAUCCAAGCUGGUAAAGGUUGUCAGAGUCUAGUGAGCGGUAGCAACACGUGGAACGGUAGACAGGCAAGGCAGAGGCCCAGCAUUCAAUCCGACACUUUCCUCAACCCUCAAGGCCCUUCAUCCGUCAACAAUUGUGCGACGACGACGACGACUACGACGACGACGACGACGACCGCUCCUAACUUCAGCAGAAAGAGUCCAGCCAGGCAGAGCCUGCCCAGGCAAGGUUCGAACGGUGGUGGCAUGCAGUACGACAGGAACGGGAGAAGGAUGAGAACGACCGCUACUGGAUCGCUUCAAUCCUCGCCUACCAAGGUGGCCAACCCCCUCCUCGAGCAGAUCCUUCAGAAAGUGGGCCAUUUGCAGGACGAGCGCGAGGUGGUGCAGAAGCUUCAGGAUCUGUUGAGGGAUUACCAGGCUCACGGUUCCGGGGAGGGAGUGGCGAACAUGGAGUUCACGAGGGCGUGGAUCGACGGUAACGGGACCGUGGCGUUGCCCCAGGACAAUCAGAUGACGGCCAGUCCCAGGAAGGAUCCCAAGCCGGUGUCAGAGAGGGGAGGUUUCUCUAGGAUACCGGCACCCGUCUACAAGAGGCCGAUGUCCGUCGCGUCCGACAGCGUGUGAAGUCUCUCUCGCAGCUGUCGAACAACGUCUAGGGGACGGUGUGGGUAGAUGAUGACGACGACGACGACGACGACGAAGACGAAGACGAAGACGACGACGAUGAUGAGAAGCUGGUUCGAAGCGUGUCCUCGAGGUCAUCGGGCUCCUCGAUCGCAGGCCAGAGGACUGUGUCGGAGCUUCGCGAGAGCUCGUGACGCCCUCGAUUUCAGAGAUAUUUGUGCCGAUCGCCACGUGGAUAGGUGGAACUAAGCGCGAGUAGAGAUAGAAGAGAGCUAUUGGAGAGGGUGUUUAAAUUGGAGUGUAAUAAGAUUUCUUUUCUUUUUUUAAUUUCUUCUUUCCGUUCAAGGUUAUUUUCAUGGGUAAUGUUCGGCUUUCGAGAAAAAAAGAAUUAUCAAUCAUUUUCUCUUUGUCUCCGUUAAUAGAAAAUUUAAUCUCAUUUCAAGACGUCGACGAUUAUUACAUUUUUCUAUCGAAGAUAGAUACUUGGUUCUCGAAGCGACAUUACGUCAUGGAACAACCCGAUAAUUAAAAAAUUUUUGAUGGUGCUUGGAAGAUUUCUUUUCUCUCAAAACUAUCUCUGAUGUACAUAACAACACUGUGAUUGAAAAUUUUUUCUCUCGUCUCGGGAGAGAAUAGAAAUCGUCUUAUUUUCUUUGAUCGCGCGUGAAAAAUUCUCAGACGUUUUUUCUCAAGAGAAGAAGAAGAAAAAAAGAUUCCACAUUUCCGCGAUGGCAGAUCGAAGGCGUCCGAUUAGAAGCUUAACGGGCCUUAACGGUACGAGGUCGAUCGGUUAGCUCGUAGGAGUCGCGUGUAUAUCGGGGUGGUGCUCGGAUGGUGCUGAACGUGAGAUGACGUUCGUGAUGCAAAUAAGAUUAUAAGGUGACCAAAAAGAAAAAGAAAAAAAAAAAGAAAAAAAGAUAAAAAUAAAAAAAUUAAUAAAAGGGAAACAUGGAGAGAAGAGGGACGAAGGAGGAGGAGGAGGAAAAAAUAGGUAGGUAUAUAGGGGUAGGUAGGUAGGUGGACGAAAGAGAAGAAAUUGGUCCCGUCGACGAAUUAACAAAACAAUUUCGAUUGAUGAACAGGGCGGGAGUUCGAGCGAGCAGUUAGCCUGGUUGGUGCGUUAAUGGCUUCCCGAUCGAUUUUGCUUCCAGUCAAUUGCAUCCCCGGCUGACGGCUCGUCCAUCGAUCCAAGACGAGAGAUUACACCUCGGUCACAAAACGAUCUCUCUUCUUUGUCGUGAUAUUUCUCUCUCUCUCUCUCUCUCUUUCUCCUACAUUGUAAUCGAUAACUCGUCGUUUUUUUCUUUUUUUUUUUUAUCGGAUUCUUUUAUCGCGAAACGAAACACAAUUAGUUUAGGAUUCUGUGACUCGAGGAAAAAUUGGAAAACUGUGGAUAAAGGUUUUAAAGAGGAUCACGAGAGAAGAGGGGAACGAAAAAUCCGACGAAUCGUUCGAAAUGUAACUUGAAAAAAAUGAAAUACUAAUAAUAAGUUGUGUCACGAAAAAGCAAUCGCGACAUGUUGCGAUGAUCAUUUUUCUUAGCUUAAUCGCAUAUCGACGAGCGUUGAAUCUCGAUUUCUCGACGAUUCAUCGAGAGAUCUCGGUUCUAAGGAAUUUCUAUCGUUCGAUCACGGCUGCGAGGCCGUGAGAAAAAUUAUUUAUUUAUAUAGUCUAUCGGUUGUAUUUAUUGAAGACGAUUUAUUUGCGCGUUGCAAAGUUCGCUUGAGGGAGAUAACGCAGAAGAAACGACGAAGAAUAGGAGAAAAAAGAAACGUGGAGAUUCGACAGGAUUUGUUUCGCGACAGGAAAAAUUAAACCCCCCCCCCCCAAAAAAAAAGAAAAAAGAAAGAACAGACUGCAUUAAGACAUGUAGAUAGCGACGAAUAUAGUUGAACGAAACGCCAUUUCAAUGUUUCACUGUUUUUUAUACCAAACGCGAGCAUUUUGUAUCAUCAAGUGUCUUGAAGGGAAAGAUGGAAUUCGUGCGGGACGUGUUCCGAUUCUCGAUGUAUGUCGCGUUGUUUCGAAUUAGAAAGAUGAAAAUUUACAGGGGGUAGGGGAAUAUUUUGCAUAGAGAUUGUAGAUAGUAAAAUAAGGAAGCAAAAUUAAUCAAAGAUCUGUAACCAAGUUUACGUAUUGCUCAAUAAAAAUAGCGAGGUGAAGUUUGAGCGAAGAGGAAUAUUUGACGCGAUUUUCAAAUAGAAGAGUAAUUCGGAUUACGUUCAAUUUUUCAUAAAUGAGAAAAAAAAUCUCAAUUUGUAGCGGAGAGAAUGAACGUAGAAUCGAUUCGUCGAACUUUUUUUAAAAUCGCUACAGAAAUCUCAGAAAAAAAAAAAAAAAAAAUUUGUAAGGCUUUUCAAUUUUGUAAUAUAGAAUACAAAAAAAGAAAUGUACAGAGAAUGAAACGAGAAUAUAUUAGUGGAAAAAAUUAUCUUUAUAAACUUCUAUAUCCGCUUCUAUGUCAAACGAAUCAAAAUCAUAGAAAUACUUAGGGAUAUCGUAAUAAAGGAGUAAAGUAGGCAUUUCGAAAAAUAUUUUUUGAAACGCAGCAGAUUGAAGAUGGAGGGAUGCGAUGAACGUGUCGAUGGAAUAUUUUUUUAUAAUUAUCUAGUAAAAAGAAAUUGUGUCCAUAAACGGCCUAAAACUCGGCCUCUCGAUAUUAAUUAUCGAAGUUUCGUUUCCUCUCGAAGUCUCUUCGAACGAGUACGUCCCGCCACGGAAACCACGACACCCAUUUGAUUACGAAUUAAGAGGUACACUUCCGGUGUAGGGAAGCAGAGAAGAAGUUUAUUUUGUUGACCAGAUGUUCGAGUAGGGAUUGUAACACGAUACGUAAUAAUACUCGAAACAAGAAAAGAAAAGAAAAGAAAAGAAAAAAAAAAAAAAGAAUAAGAAUAAUGGAAUUAUUUUUUAGCGAAACGCGUUAGGUGCAUUCUCCGGAAAUUGCUGUGGUCUCUGCAAUGUUCGAACGAUGCGUGGAUUAUUUUCCUUAUUAUUAUUUUUUUAACUAUCUGCUAUAUCGAAAAUAAGAUCAUCCAAGUUUACGUUUAAUUUGUACAGAAUGUUUGUAUCUUAUAAUUAUAUAUGAAAAGAAGAUUUUUUUUCUUCACAUUUUCAAUUUAUGAUAUUAUAAAAUUUUUAUUCCCUCCUAUAGUAUAAUACUUAUUUUACAUUUUUCUUUUAGAGAUACGGAUAAAUGGAUAAAAAAAUGUAUAUAAAAAAAUUAUUCGUCCAAAGGAAAAAAAAUAUUUCCCGUCCAAAAGUUCUCGAUAAACUGAAUUCGACAAAGCGCUGUUUCCUCGAUCGAAAGGAACGUCCGAACUAUUCAUCGUACAAAAUAUUUGAAAAAAGAAGAAGAAGAAGAAGGAAAACAGAGACCACAGUUCGUUCCGGAAGAUAUAUUAAGAAAAAUUGCUCGUAGAUUUUCAAGUCUCGAAUGUGGGGGUAAAAAAAACUCUUUCGUGUUUUUAAGCCUAAGCUUCGUAACCCCGAGCAGCUGCGGUUCCACCGCGAUGAUGAAAAUAAAAAAGGGAAGAAAAAAGGAGAAAAAAAAAAAAAAA